UUCUUUUCUUCUCGCGUUGAGCUCCGGGAGCGCGCGCAUCCGUUCCCUCCCUCCUUCCGCUCUCACUACAAUUAAGUCUGCAUUCAUACACAUACACACACACACACACAGACACACACACACACACUGAGCCUCCACACUGGAGUGUUCCGGGAGCGCCGCGGCUGCGUCUCCGCGCAUCAUUUCCGCCAUUUUCCGCGUCGGAUCGCGGCGAUGUUUCACGCAGAAGAGCAGCAGUGAGGUGAACACAGACUGAGGGAGGAAGAGGAGGGAGAGGAAGAGCAGGAAACGCGUCCGUGCGUGUGCGUGUGUGUGUGUGUGUGUACAGUGUGUGCAGUGUGUGCAGUGUGCAGAUGGUCAUGGUCAUGGUGAUGGUGAUGUGGUGAUGAAGAUGAUGAUGAGGAUGAGGAGGAUGAUGAUGGUUUCUCCGCGUCUGCCUGCCAUGGCUCUCCCUGAGCUCUUCCUCAGACUCUUCCUCUGCGCUCAGCUCAUCUCCAGUUCCCUCCAAACAGAAAACGAUGACGAUGAAGUGACAAACAAAACCUGGGUGUUGACCCCGAAGGUGUACGAGAGUGACGUCACACACAUUCUCAACAGUUUACUAGACGGAUAUGACAACAAGCUGAGGCCGGAUAUAGGAGUCAAACCCACUGUGAUCCACACGGACAUGUUUGUUAAUAGCAUCGGGCCUGUAAAUGCAAUCAACAUGGAAUACACCAUCGACAUCUUCUUCGCUCAGACCUGGUACGACAGACGCCUGAAGUUCAACAGCACCAUGAAGGUUCUGCGUCUCAACAGCAACAUGGUGGGAAAGAUCUGGAUCCCUGACACCUUCUUCCGGAACUCCAAGAAGGCCGACGCCCACUGGAUCACCACGCCCAAUCGCAUGCUCCGGAUCUGGAACGAUGGGCGGAUCCUGUACACGCUGAGGUUGACCAUCGAUGCCGAGUGCCAGCUUAAACUGAAUAACUUUCCCAUGGAUGAGCAUUCCUGUCCCCUGGAGUUCUCGAGCUACGGCUACCCGAAGGAGGAGAUCAUUUAUAAGUGGAAGCGGAGUUCCGUCGAGGUCGGAGACAUCCGCUCCUGGAGACUGUAUCAGUUCUCCUUCGUGGGUCUGAGGAACAUUUCAGAUGUCGUCAGCACCUUCUCAGGUGACUACGUGGUGCUGACCGUCUUCUUCGACCUGAGCAGGAGGAUGGGCUACUUCACCAUCCAGACCUACAUCCCCUGCACCCUGAUCGUCGUCCUGUCCUGGGUCUCCUUCUGGAUCAACAAGGACGCCGUCCCUGCUCGCACAUCCUUAGGAAUCACCACGGUGCUCACCAUGACAACGCUCAGCACCAUCGCCAGGAAGUCGCUGCCCAAAGUGUCGUACGUGACGGCCAUGGACCUCUUCGUGUCCGUGUGCUUCAUCUUCGUGUUCGCGGCGCUGAUCGAGUACGGGACGCUGCACUACUUCGUGAGCAACCGCAAACCGAGCAAAAACAAAGACAAGAAGAAGAAAAACCCGCAGAACCCGACGGUGGAUAUCCGUCCCCGCUCGGCAACGGCGAUCCAGAUGAACAACGCCACGCACAUGCAGGAGCGCGACGAGGAGUUCGGCUACGAGUGUCUGGAUGGGAAAGACUGCACAAGCUUCUUCUGCUGCUUUGAGGAUUGUCGCUCGGGGGCGUGGCGUCACGGCCGCCUGCACAUCCGCAUCGCCAAGAUCGACUCGUACGCGCGCAUCUUCUUCCCCACCGCCUUCGGCCUCUUCAACCUCGUCUACUGGGUGUCGUACCUGUACCUGUGAGCGCAGCCGCUACGCCUGCAGCGCAAUGCUAACCAUACAACAUAACGCUAAACAUACAAUGCUAAUCAUACAACAUGCCGCUAAUCCUAUAGCGUAACCCUAAUCAUACAACAUAAUGCUAGUCAUAGAGUAAAAGGCUAAUUGUACAAACGCUGCUUUUUUAAUACGAUAUUUAUUGCUAACAUUUCCUUGUCACUUCCGUCCUGUUUCAAUGUGCCCUUGUCGACUUCCCCGUAUCUCUGUUGCACACUUCCACAGGACUAAAAACACUAGCUAGUGAAAGACAUAGACUAGAUAGUGGGAUGUAAUCCUCUAGAUUAUUGGAUGUGUUGUCCUCUAGCUUGUUGGUGAUCUAGUCCCCUAAAUGGCGAUAGAUUAGAAACACCGCAGCUGUGGGAGGUGUAGUCCACUAGAUUGAUGGAAAUGUAGUCCACUAGAUAGUGUGACAUCUAGUCAGGUAGAAGAUGAUAAAUCAAGUCCACUAGAUAUGGAGAUGUGUAGUCAUCUACUUUGUUGGCAAUCUAGUCCCCUAGAUAGUUAGAGAUAUCAAUAAUGGUUAUGGAGCACAAACAGUGGAGUGGUAGGGAGGUGUAGUGUACUAGAAAGUGGGAUGUAGUAAAUGAGAUGUAGACUAGAUUGAGGAAGCUGGAUUAUGAGAUCUUGUCCCCUAGAUUGUAAGUGAUGUUGGUUAUGGACUAAAUAUCACAGGAUUGUAGGAGGUGUAGUUCACUAGGUGUAGUCCACUAGGUAGCAGAAUAUCUCUAUGAGGAUUAUAGACUAAAUAUGACUAGACUGACAGAGAUAUAGUCCACUAGAUUGAAAUAAUCAUGUAGUCCACUAGAUAUUGGGAGAUCCAGUCCGGGUGAAGAUGGUAGGUCAAGUCCACUAGAUCGUAGGUGAUUUAGAGCCCUGGGUAAUGAGAGAUUUCAGUGACAAAUGUAGGCUAGAUAGUGAGAUGUAGUCCACUAGAUUAUGGAAGAUCAGGUACACUAGAUGUUGGAAUGUGUAGUCCUCUAGAUUGUAGUCUAGUCCAGUAGAACAUGAUCAAGUUCACUAUGGUUUUGAGAUGUGUAGUCAUCCAGCUUGUGGUUGAUCUAGUCCCCUAGGUAGUGGGAGAUAUCAAUGAUGGUUAUGAACUGGAUUUGUGGAAGGUGUAGUCCACUAUAUAGUGAGAGAUGUAGACUAGAUAGUGUCAGUUAUAUUCCACUAGAUAAUGGGAGAUCUAGUCAGGUAGAAAAUGGUAGAUAUGAGUCCACUAGAUUGUAGAUGUAGUCCACUAGAUCGUAGGAGAUGUAGUCCACUAGAUAGGAGAUCUAGUAUGCUAGAGUGCUAGUUAUUAGGAUAUCUAGUCCACUAAAUAGAGGGAUAGGUGGAUAGAGUUUACUUGACCUUGGCCUCCUCAACUUCAUGUACUGGUUUGUCACAAGAUAGUGGAAUACCAACUGCAUAUGGGAAAUGUAGUCCACUAGAUGGAGGGAGAGCUAGUGCACUAGAUUGUGUUAGAGGUAGUCCACUAUAUAGUGGGAGAUAUUGUGUAGAAUAUGAUAUUGUCCAAGAUAUGUAGUCCACUAGAUAGUGUGAGAUUUAGUUCACUAGAUGGGGGGAGUCUAGUUCACUAGAUAGUGUGAGAUGUUGUCCACUAGAUAAUGGGAAGUCUAGGCCACUACACUGAGUGAGAUCUAGUCUUAUCUAACAGAUUUCACUCGAGUGGUUAAAAGCCCUUAAGGGAUUUCACUUAGGGGAAGUCGGCGAGGGUGCGCUGAGAGCAGGAUUGGAACAAGGUCCAUUUUAAUGUUAUUUUGCUGUUGUACUCUGAGAUGAGUGAUAAAAGCUGCUGAAGUUCUGAUUGGUUAAAGAUGAGUGCAGUGGGUGGGGCUAGGAUGAAAGGCGGGGCUAGUGCUCAUAGCUUUAACCACACUUGCAUUCAUAUCAAAUAUCAAAUACAUUAUGAAGUAAGAGACACCUGUUUUCCGGCUUUGUUGUUGUGUUUAUUUGAUUGUCGUGUCGUCGUGAACAAAGCGAAGGCUGUAGCAACACACUUUUGGGGGCGGGGCUUCGACAAAGCACUUCUGUCACUUCUAUCAGGGAAUCGGUGAAGUAUUUAGAUUUGCAUGUCUAGUCUAGAGUUCCCAGAAUUCCUUUGAAUGAACAGGAAGUGAUGUCAUUAGCAAGUCGACGUGCCACUUUGGACGUUAUUUAUGAAUUAUUCUGAAGUGGCGUAACCAGUUGUUUUAGAGUUACACGAAAAAAAUGAAAUGUGAAAUUUAUUUAUUCAGUAUUUAUUUCUGUUCGUUAGCUGCCGUGUUUUACGACCGCUGGUAAAAAAAAAUCAAUGAUCUGUACAAAGGAUGUAAAUAUUUAAUACUGUACAAUGUAGUGAUUUAUUUAUUAUCUAUUGCAUGCACCAUUAAAAAAAGCAAACUUAUUUAACAAUUUUCCAUUAAUGAUUACAAAGUGAAUAUGAAAUUCACCGCUUAUAUCAGUUUGAAAAAUGAAAAACAAAUUUAAUGUCUGGAUCUCAUGAACGCAUUCAUAUUUACAACUAAUUUAUUUUUUAUUUAUUUCCAGCUCUUGAUGUCUGAAAGGAACUUUUUCUCAUUUGUAUAUGGAACCUGUGGGCGUGGCCAUCCUUCCUGACAUCAUCUUUACAAAAAGGACAGUCGAGAACCGUAACUGUUACAGAGUUGAUUUCGGUUCUGUGUGUAUUUUAUUGAAUAUUUGUGACAGUAGCUAACUACCAAGCUAGCCAUUUGUGUCGCUUUUUUGUCAGCUAGCUAGCUAUAUAUAAUUCCUUAUUUCACUGAUAUAUUAGCUAGCUUUUGAUUUAUGUUGAGCCAGUAUACGUCAGUGACACAUCCUAAAUGUAUGCUAUUUUAUCCUAAUGAAUAAAAUGUUUCAAUCUCGCAUCAGUACGACGUGAUUUUUAUUUAAACAUUGUAAUAAACCAUGUGAUGAAUUUCAGCCAAUGGAACAGUAUUUAUGAUGUCAGGAAGGACCACGACAGUCCUCUUCGUAAUGUUUUUAAACACAAAGCCGUAAUCGACUUUCCCUUACAAAGCAGGACAGGAGUGUGUACCUGAACAGUGUUAAUGGUACAGUACAGUGUAUUUCCUUUGCUAAAUAGCUGCUGUGCUAAUUAGCUACCUUGCUAACUAGCUAGAAGAACAACGUGGAGGAAUAAAAACCUGACCUGAACUCACGCUAUUUGAUGAACUCAAAUGUGAUCAUUUUAAAAGUAUUUUAUUUUGAAAAGCUGAUAGUCAGAUUGCUGCAGUGGAUUCUGCGGAAUUUGUGCACGCUCAUAUCGAGUCCGUUCUCUUUAACGAACAUUUACUCGAGCUGAUAACGUGAUUUAACAACAGUGGCGAAGGAGAUUCAACCAACAGGGAAACACGGAGACGUCAAAGAGGACGUGUUAAAGAGGAUCGAGAGCAGCCGUGGAUGAAAAACACAGACUUUUAAUUUUCAGCUACGGAUGGACGGGAUAUGAUUUUUCUGAACUGAAGCGUAAUUAUUAUAAAUAUUAACACAGGAAAAUAAACACAUGUAUGGAAUUAC